AGACUCGCUGCUUAAACGACAGAGUUUCGCGUUGUCUUUCAACGUUCGCGAAGAUUGCCCAUAAACCAGACAAAGUAUUCUCAAAGUAGAAGGAAGUCUCCAAAGGAUCCAGUGGGGAAUUAAAUUUGGAAUGGCAAUGAGAUAGAUAUUUGAAUUAGUGUGUUGAAUAAUGGACGCAAAAGCAUUAGCAAAAUCUAAGAGGGCUCACUCACUACACCAUAGCAAAAAGCCUUCUCAUUCUAGUUUAAAAUCAAAAGCUCCUUCUGGAGGUGCAAAUAAUGCUGGAGGUGGAAAUAAAGCAUUGGGGAAGCAAACAAAAGAGAAAGCUCGCCAGUCUGGUCUUCCAGCGAAUUGGGAUCGUUAUGAGGAAGAGUUUGAUUCAGAUUCUGAAGUCCCAUCUGGGGAUAGUAUAAGUAAAGCCUCUGAUGUUAUUCUGCCCAAGAGUAAAGGUGCAGACUUUCGUCACCUGAUUGCUGAAGCUCAGUCUCAAUGCCAGUCAAAUGUUUGCCUGGAUACUUUCCCUUCAAUGGACGACAUUUUGCCUGGGGACUUUGAACUCGGAGUAAGGUCAAUGCUCUCAGUCAGGGGAGAGGGCAUUUUGUCAUGGACUGGAGAUGAUAAUUUUGUUGUAGAGGAUGAAACAACUGCAAUCCCUGAGGCAUCAUUUUUCUCUCUGAAUUUGAAUGCUCUUGCUGAACAACUUGCAAAAGUAGACAUUUCAAAGAGGCUCUAUAUUGAAGAAGACUUACUACCACCAGAGCUGACUGACAAUAGAUCAAAGGCAAGCUGCGGCCCGGAAUCAGACCAAAUGCAAACAAGUGAAACUGAAGCAACCUCAAUGGUCGCUGAAAGAUUGGCAUUCAGAGAUAUUUCCGGGAAGAAUAAGGUUGCCAACAAAAAUACUGAGGUUAUAUCAUCAGAAUCCACUGCUAACAGAUAUUCAAACCUCAUUUCACCUAAUCAAGGAUUGGAUAGAUUAAACCAGGCUAAGGGCGAUCAGUAUUCAAGUCGAGAUAGCAAAUUCAGUGAAAGCAAGAGUCAGAAGUCCCAAGCAGACUCCAAGAAGAAACUAUCCACGUUUGAGGCAGCAGCUGCGGAGGCAGAACUGGAUAUGCUUCUCGACUCAUUUAGUGAGACCAAUUUUCUUGAUUCUUCUGCUGGCUUGAAGUCCAGUAGUUUUCCUGUGUCCCAAAAGGAAGCUCCUGUAGUUAUGCCACAAUUCACUAGAAACACCUCUAGCUCAACUUCUUUGGAAACAACAGCUGUUGCUGCCAAACUAGAUGAUGUUCUUGAUGGUUUGCUUGACGAAACGACUAAUUUGUCAAACCAAAACAGCUCAUGUCAGCUGGGGAAAGUGACAGUUACCCAUAAUGAAAUCAAAUCUUCUUCUUCCUCCCAGCCUGUCACAAAGUCUAUAGUUUUGGAUGAUUUUGAUUCAUGGUUAGAUACACUUUGAUUACUUCUAAGCUAAAAAAACCUCACGCAUGUAUCCUUAUCUGUUGUGUUUCAAUGCUAUACAAGUGUGUGUGUGUGUGUGUGUCUAUAUAUACAUAUAUAUAUAUAUAUAUA